AUGGCGAGCGACUUGUCCAGACAUCACCACAUUCCGGAUACGGUCGAGGGAGACGAUUACACUCCAACCCCUUCAGAACCUGGCUCGGACUCGGAGGGCUCGCACUUGCUCAUCGGCGAAUCUUUGAUUCCCGUCCGGGAAAGGAAACCCCCAGGCACCACAGUCGUCACUAUUGAUGGAUUAUUGAAGGAUCCAUUGCUCCUCAUGGAGGACCUGAAAGAGGGAUGUGGAGGACAACUUUGGCCCGCAGGGUUGCUGCUGUCGAGAUACAUGCUGGAGGAACAUGCCACCGAUCUCGUUGAGUGGAGUUGGGAGCAGGAGGCGGUUUAG